GGAAGAGAAGCAUAUUAUUAUUACAACAAAGUGGAACUGGGGGAAAUUCCAUGUACGAAAAACAUGGUUGAUGACUCCAACAAAGCACUAUAUCCCACCCAACGAAUCCCCUACUAAGCUUCCUUGAUUCCCUCCUAGUUAAACCCUCAUAAUUCUAAUUCCAACACUCAGCAUAGGAAUAACAACAAUUAAUUAGAUUUAAGACCUUGUCAAAUGGUCAAUAUAGAAGUCUCUGUCAUAUAUUCAUCCCUCGUGGUUUAGUUUGCUUAAAGUAAUGACCCUCACAAGAGGUUGUAUGGCAGACUUCCACCCCCCCAUGUUACAACUUCCCCUUUAACUAUCCCCCACCAUCCUCACAUUUUAUAAAACCCCACAACCCUCCCUUCCCUCUUCUUCAAUACUUCAUCACAUUCUUCAUUUCUUCCCUUCUCUUCUUCUUAUCAUUAUUUCAUUACAUCUCCUAGUCCAUUAACCCUCUUCCUUGUCAACACUCUGCUAUAACAAAAUACACAUUCAAUUAAAGCACACAUAAGCAAGCAACAAAAUGUGCGGCUCCAAGACCAAGGUGACUGUAGGCAUAGAAGCCACAGCUACCUCUCUGGUGGCCAGAAUCAAUGGCCGGCCAGUCCUUCAACCGACUUGUAACCGAGUUCCUAACCUGGAGAGGAGAAAUUCAAUCAAGAAACUGUCACCAAAAUCACGUUCUCCUCCAUCACCACCACUUCUUAGCAAGACCUCAUUGACACCUCCAGUUUCUCCAAAGUCCAAGUCCCCUAGGCCUCCACCUAUAAAGCGAGGCAAUGAGAGUAAUGGACUUAACUCAAGUUCUGAAAAGAUUGUGACCCCAAGAAACACCAUAAAAACUCCAACUCUAGAGAGGAAAAAGUCCAAGAGUUUCAAGGAAGGGUCAUGUGGUGCUUUAGGCCUUUCUGCCUCCACAGAGGCUUCAUUAAGUUACUCCUCCACUUUGAUCACUGAAUCCCCAGGGAGCAUAGCUGCAGUGAGGAGAGAACAGAUGGCACUGCAGCAUGCACAGAGAAAAAUGAAGAUUGCCCAUUAUGGAAGAUCAAAGUCUGCAAAGUUUGCAAGAGUUAUUCCUCUUGAACCUUCAACCAAUCUUACUUCAAAGACAAGUGAGGAAAAGAGAUGCAGCUUUAUCACAGCCAAUUCAGAUCCCAUCUAUAUUGCUUAUCAUGAUGAAGAAUGGGGAGUUCCAGUUCAUGAUGACAAGAUGUUGUUUGAACUUCUAGUUCUAAGUGGUGCUCAGGUUGGAUCAGAUUGGACCUCAAUCUUGAAGAAACGCCAGGAUUUCAGGACUGCAUUUUCAGAAUUUGAUGCAGCAACUUUGGCCAACUUGACUGAUAAGCAAAUGGUGUCUAUUAGUAUGGAAUAUGACAUUGAUAUAAGCAGAGUUCGAGGUGUUGUUGACAAUGCUAACCGAAUUUUAGCGAUUAACAAGGACUUUGGUUCAUUUGACAAAUACAUUUGGGAUUUUGUCAAUCACAAACCCAUCUCCACGCAAUACAAGUUCGGCCACAAGAUCCCAGUGAAGACAUCAAAGUCAGAGAGCAUAAGCAAAGACAUGAUCAGAAGGGGCUUUAGGUGUGUAGGUCCAACGGUGCUUCAUUCAUUUAUGCAAGCAGCUGGACUCACCAAUGACCACUUAAUCACUUGCCAUAGACACUUGCAGUGCACCUUAUUGGCAUCAACCCCCCAUUGUACCACAGAGCACUUUCUAUAGUUCCAAUUUCAAUUGAGAAAAAUGAGAUUGAUCCAGAUGAGAUCAAGACCAGAAUUAUGUGUGCUCAAGAGCAUAUAUAUGUAAUGUGCUAACUAUAGUACGUUGUGUAUAAGAUUAGAUAUUAGAUUAGGUAGGAAAAAAAAAGGUUUUAUGAUUUAUGAGAUGUGUGGUGUGGUUAAUUAAUUUCCAAUUGAUGAUUUAAGAAAGUGAUUAUUAGAGAAAAGAAAAAAGGUUUAGGAUUGUGUUAUUAAGUAGUGGGAGGCUUAGGGGACAAUGACCAUGUGCAUGUGCAAUUGUGACUUGUGAGGCAAGGGCAUGUGUUGUGUCAGUUUGCUUUUUGGUUUUAGUGCAUGUCAGCAAUCAGGCUUUGCAUUAUUUAUUACUCCCUUUAACAGCCUGUGUGGGAUACUACUUGGCAUAGGGGGAGUGUACGACCACAUUCCCCUUCUUUUUCCUUUUUAUGGGGUUGUUAUCUUUUAUGUAUUCUCUUAACUUUUUGGCUUUGGUGAAUGUUAUGUUAUAUAUACCACAGUGUGUUUUGGAGUUG